AUGGAUCGGUCGGAUCUCCUGGGGAAACCUGUUGUGAGCAGCGGUGUAUCCAGCAGCCCGCGGAGGGCGAGCGGCAAGACGAGCCCCUCGCAAACACAGCCGGGGAGCGGCAAGCAUGCUGGAGGCUCGAAGCCCACGCAGGCACGAAGCAUAGGCAAGGUGGUGCAGGUAACCGUGGAAGACCAUCCUUUCUCUAAGGUGUCUCAAAACCCCCACUGCCACCCCCUCCUCCCGUACCUCCCUCCUACCCUGCCAUACCCUCCUCCCGCUGAGGGCAUAGGCAAGGUGGUGCAGGUGGCGGUGGACGACCACCCUGCGCCCAGAAAGCCAGCACUUGGCACCAAGCCUGGGGCGUCAGGCAGGCUAUCCGCGCCCAGAGCGACCACCAGAGACGCGCGCCCCCGCCUCGUGCAGUCGAGGGGGGCUGACAGGGGUUCUGAUGCUGCUGUGGGGUCGGCAGGCGGAGGGGGAGUAGUAGCAGGAGAAGCAGCAGCAGCAGCGGCAGGAGCAGCAGUGGCAGGAGCAGGAGGAGCAAGAGGAGGAAGAGGAGGAGGAGGAGCAGCAGCUACGGCGCAGAGGGUAGUUCCGGAAGCAGGGGGGGUGACUAUAGCUGAAACAGUGGUGGGUGCAGCUAGAGCAACAGGUGUGGGCGCAGCAAAGGCCGUGGAGGCACAAACAGAUGCAGUGGUACCCACACAGGCAGUGACAGCAGUGGUCACAGGAGCAGCAGCAGAAGCAGCAGCAGCAGGACCAGUAGUAGCAGGGGCAGCCGCAGCAGGGACAGUAUUAGCAGGAGCAGUUGCAGUAGUAGAAGGCGCAGCAGCAGUUCAAGAGUCAGAGCGAAUCAGUAGUGGUAUGGUUGAGGAGCAUAGUGGGGUGGGGGCGCCUGUAGAGCAACGGAUGCAGGGACGAGAGGGGGAAGUAUGGGAUACAGAAGCUGCUGCCUCCCUCGUCUCUCCUGCUUCACUCGCCUCUCCUCCCGCCCUUGUCUCUCCCGCUUCCCCUGGCUCGCCGCCCUCCCUUGCUGCACGGCCUGACGAGCCUCUUGCCUCCCCUCCCCCUCGAGCUCCCGGCCAUGCGUCCGCUGGCCCAGCUGCCACGUCAGCUGCCACGUCAGCCGCUACAUUAGCCGCCACGUCAGGUGCUGAGCUGGCAGCCGAAGAUGAUCUGCUAAUGCGGUUACCGAAAGUGAGGGAGAUGCACGGGGGGAGAGAGGAGGGGGUGAAGAGGGCGAGUGAGGCGGCCGUGCAUGUGCCUAAGGAGACACAGCUCGUGGCGUCCAGAAAUGUGGCGACAGCCAUGGCCAUGCGGGCCAAGCAGCUUCAGGCGGAUCUCAAGGCAGCUCGGAGAGACGCCAUGGACGCUCGAGAGCGGUGCAGAGCGGUGGAGGAGGAGAAUGAGCGGCUCAGAGCGGCGCUGGCUGCUGGAGAGGCGGCGAGGGAGGGAGGGAAGGGGGAGGGGAUGGGAGAGCGUGAGGCGGAAGGGGGGGUGGAGGGGGAGGGAGGGGUGGACACACAUCACCACCACCAUCACUCUGAACUUGAAGAUAUGAUGAGUCAAGGGUUGGUUGAAAUGCCCCCUUUUCCUUCCCGUAAUCUGCACGAGCAGCUGGGAGUGCUGCUGCAGGAGAAGGCGCAGCUGGUGGCGGGGAAGGCGGCAGUGGAGCGCGAGAACGAGAUGCUACAACUGCACGAGCAGCUGGGAGUGCUGCUGCAGGAGAAGGCGCAGCUGGUGGCGGGGAAGGCAGCAGUGGAGCGCGAGAACGAGAUGCUGCACCACCUGCUGCUCUACUACGAACACCUCCACCUGCACCGUGCCAGCACCAAUGUUUGUGCGCACCAUGCAUUUCCUGAGGGGGGGCAUGUGUUGCCCGAGGGGGGAGAGCAUGUGCUGCUGGCUGGAGGGCAGCAUGUGAUGUCGGCGGAGGAGCAUGCGGCGUUGAUGCAUGAGCACAUGCACCUGCAUGGGGGUCUGUCGGAUGGGCAUGGUGUUGAUGGUGAUGCCGCCGCUGCUACUGCUAGCGCUGCUGCUACUUGUGAGAAUGGGGAUCUUAGGAAUCAGCAGCCUGGGAAUGGGGAGGCAGAGAGUGGAGCUUCUGACAUGACAGAGGAGGGCUGUGCUGGGGAAGGGGAGAACCGGGAGGAGGGGCAGGAGAAGGCUGAGGAGCACACAGGGCCAACUCCGUUGCAGCCGCAGUUGGCGGCGCCAGGCUUGUUGGACGAAGCAAGGGAAGGUGGGUGGGCAUGUGUGGGGAAGAACGGGGAGGAGGGACAGGAGAAGGCUGAGGGGCAUGAAGGCCCACCCUUAUUUCAGCAGCAGGUUGCCGCAGCAGUCUCGUUGGAGGAAGCAAGGGAAGGCAGGGAGGUGUGUGGAGGCGCGGAGGCGGGUUGUGGGCCUGGGAUGGUGGAUGGAAGCAGCGAUUGGGCGAGGAUGAGUGGUGCAGUUGCAGUCUCGGGGGGUGCGGAGGAAGAGCAGAAAGGUGGUGCAGGGAGCGUGUGUGCAGGGAGUGGGGUUGAUGACUGCACGGGGUCCAACGUCUAUGCAGGCAGCUGA